AUGUAAAAUAAGGUGACUUUUAAGAUAGUAAAUACCUCUGAUCCAAAUUUGGCAUUCAGGACAGUAUCGUAAAUAAAUAUUAAAUAAUAAAAAUAGAGUCCCAUAAGAAGCUCCAUUUAGUGCUGUUGUAAAAUAUGUAGCAGAAGAAGUAAAUGAAUAUUAUAAUAAAGAAUAGUUUAAAGUGAAUCCAGCUACAAGUGCUAUAAUAACAAAUGCAGGUACAGGAGUGUCACUUUAAUAAACAUCUGGAAAUGUGUUUUUAAAACAUGGUUCAGAAUUGAAGAUCAUACCAAGAGAUCGUGUAGGUUAUUGUUGAUAUAUA